UGAUUGAGGGUUCUUCUUUUUUGGUCAUUUGAAUAUUGGAUUGGUUAACAGUGCUUUCAUCCAAAUAACAAAUGACGUGCUAUCAAACUCAGUCCUCUCAGAUUGCUGCUCCCUUUCCCUUCUUUUUCCAUCACUUCGUUCAUCCUUUUUGUCUCCUGUUUUUCUUGUGAUGAAUUGUUAGCCAGUAGACACUGCUAUGUGUUCUCCUCUUCUUGCUCUCUUCGGUUUAUCCUUAUUAAAAGAAUUUGAUGACGUUGCUGGGUUUAUAAGGACUUGGUUACCAAAUCAUAAUAAUUAUCGAAAUGAAAUAAUUUGAUUGCUGAAUUUGCAAGGAUUUUAUAAAUGAUGCAGAGCUUGGUUGCUAAUGGUUGAUGGUGGCGAUAUCAAGUCAUGAUAGGGGUAAAUGCAGAGGUUAUGGAUGUGUAAUCUUUGGAAAAUUAAUGAACUAAGGUGGAAAUAAAUAGGCAUGAUAGAGGUAGUUACGGUGAAUUUAUGUAUGUGCUGUAAAGUUGCUACUGCGCUGAAGGAAGACUAUAGGCAGAGGCUGAUGUAGAAUUUGAAGUGUAUGGUUACCCAACAAUCUCAAAUUAAUAUACAAUAAUAAACAAACAAAGGAACUAGUACUAAAGUUCAAUAUAUAUUUAAAGAAUAACAAACCACUUAAAACACAUAUAUGAAAAAGACGCAGACAAAAACUGUGGAUCUCUAACUCUGACAAGCGACAAAUAUUAUGUAUUAUUUUUGCAAGAUGUGGGUAAUGACAAUACACAAUAGUUAGAAAAAUUAUUGAAUAGAACAAUAUAAGAAGAAAACAAAAAUAAAAGAAUGAAGAAGACAAUGAAGAAUCUAAUAGCAAAGUGGCAACGGCAAAAUGAAGAAUAGGGAAGAACCUGCAUGGGGUAUUUUGUAGAAACAAGAGUAAAAAAGGUUGAGUUCAAGGGUAUUUGAACCCUCAUCAUUUAUAGGACAGCAGCUUAAAUGGGUUCCUCGUUGCCGCUGAACCAUCAACCAGUUUUGGCACUGGGUCCGAGAUACAACUAUUAUAGCUUUAAUAGGUUUUUCAAUAUACCAGACACCCUACAUUCGCCCCUGAAUAUAGGUCCUAUAGUGAAUUUUUCCCCAACGCUUUUGUCUAGUGGUAAAACCGCAAUGACGAUCUGUGGAUUAGGUUUACAUCACGGGUUUGUGCCCCACCGUAGUCAAAAGCCUGGUAUUUAAGUGAAGAACGGUAGAGGGGCGGGUCCAUUGUCUACUAAGCCUUGAACCACACACUACUGGUCCUCAGGGAUUCCUUAUUUAUCAAAAACAAAAUGAGGUCCUAACAUGAAUUUCUUUCCUUUUCCAAUAAAGCAAUAAUUUCUCAAAAAGUUAAGGUUAAGGGCCCACAACAGAGCAGUAUAAUCUUUUGGUCCAUCAGAAGUAUUCUUGGUAGUUUUUGUUUGUCAUUCGCUUCCAGUCAUCUACAUUUCUGUUACCAAAUAUUUUUAGGUCUGAGAUUUCAUCAAUUUCCGCCUGGUAGUGAUGAUAUUUCACUUCCUGUUGCUCUUCUUCUGCUGCUGCCACUGUUGUUGUUUUGCUGUCAUUCUUUCUACCCAUAGGAAUUUGAAUACACUUAAAAUUCUAAGCCCCUCAUAAUUGCCAUUGUGCUAAUUAUGUGUUCCUAAUCCCCUCAUUCCUCAGUUAUAUUAAAUUAUAAUCAGUUUAGCCUCCAAAUGUGUUCCCUGGGCUGCUCGGACUGCUGCACCAGAGUUGUUGAAUGCGACAAUUUGGUCUUGGUUAAGGCUGAAAGUUUAGCGGUUGCCUUGUUACAAUCCUAUAAGGAAUUGUGGUUGAAUUUUGGUCGAGGAUAUGUCUACAGUUGUGCAUCUGGACGCAUUGAGUUUAGAGGAUCCAUAGCUUCAGGUCAUUCCAAUAUCAAUGGAGUUCAGAUUGAUCACUGCCUUCCUUCACCUUCUCUAAUGCAACUCAAUGUAGUUUCAACUGGCAGAAUUAAAGUAGGGUCUGGAUAUUUUCCUGGACAUGGUGCUUUUGAUUCAAGAAGUGGAACUUUCACACCUUUUAGGCAAGGCCCCCAUUCACAUUCACUGAGACCAUGCCAGGUCAUGAGUGAGGAUUCCGAAGGAACUUUGAGCGGUGAAAACAUUUUGCUAGAUGAGGAAACCUUGGCGAAGGAUUUAAAGACUGCUAUUAAAGAGGAGAACUAUGCCCGAGCAGCAAAAAUUAGGGAUAGCCUCCGACUUCUCCAGGAGGACAGUAAGGCCUCUGUACUAGCAGCAAACGCUCGCUUUUACAAUUCUUUCAGAAAUGGAGACUUAGCUGCAAUGCAAACCCUCUGGUCAAAGAAUGAGAAUGUUUGCGUUGUGCACCCUGGUGUUAGUGGCAUAACUGGCUAUGAUCUCGUAAUGGGAAGCUGGGAGUUUGUAUGGGCAGAAUAUGAUUUCCCACUUGAUAUCGAGAUUAGGGAUGUUCAAGUUCACGUUAGAGGUGAUAUGGGGUACGUUACAUGCAUUGAGAUGGUUAGAACUAAAGGCAGCAGCUGGGGAAAACAAUUCGCUACAAAUGUUUUCGAGAAGGUUGAUGGGCAAUGGUUUAUGUGUAUUCAUCAUGCAUCGUACAUCGACUUGUAAAAUGUUAACAAUAAAGCUCUUGUAGAGGUUGUGGAUAUCGAAUGAGUAUGUUAGGCGCAGAAAGUUUAAAAUCUCGGCACAAAAAUUUUGUAGCUUUUCUUCUACUAUAGUUGUUGUGACCUAUUAUUUUUGAAUUAAAACACUAUGGUCUUUGUCUCUUUGUGUUGUAUCUCAAAAAUUGAGCAGUGUAUGAUUGACCUGGUCAGGUUUGGAUUAAUGCAGAUUGGUUUAUUCA